AUGAACCAGCGGGAUAUCCCCGAGAAAACGAAGCAAAUUCAACUCAUGGCCCAGAUCUACAGCAAGGCGGCACGGGUUAUAGUCUGGCUCGGUGAAGCAGAAGACAGUGGGGACCAAGCACUCGAGCAGCUCCGUCAGCUUUGCAUCCGAUGA